AUGACCGGUCGCGGAGGCGGUGGUGGUCGCAGGGUGCUCCUACCCCCCAUCAACUUCAUCUUCAAGCUCCUGCAGCAGCAAGCCACGGUGCAGGUCUGGCUGUAUGAGCAGCUUUCAAUCCGGAUUGAGGGCAAGAUUAGGGGCUUUGACGAGUUCAUGAAUCUCGUCAUCGAUAACGCUGUCGAGGUCAAGCAGAUUACGAAGACAAACAAGGAGGAGACUAGGCGCUCACUGGGACAAAUUCUCCUGAAGGGCGACAAUGUGUCGUUGAUCCAAAGCUUGUAG